AUAUUGGCUACUAUUCUUAUCUAUAAUACUGCUUGAGUACUUCGAUUUCAAGAUAAAAUUUUGUUAGAAAUAUUAGGUACUUACUACUUAAUUUAAAUUUUCGAUUUCUUUGUUAUAGAAAAUAUGUGUCAUUGCGUUAGUUUGUAAAUCCUCGGUAUAUCUUUAACAAAAUAACCAAAUACAGAUGUCUUUUAUAAUGGUGUAAAACUAUUGGUAAUAGCAUUGAUCAAUGGUAUUAGGUAUGAUUAAUACAAUUGUCAUUACCUAUAAUGUACAUUUCAUAUGUGUUGCCAAUGUUUAAAUCAUUUUAAUUUAUAAUUCUAGUAAUACAAUAGGUAAUCAAGUUUAUUAGUUAAAAUGCCUGAUUCAUGGGGAAGUUUUAUGAAUAAACCAGCUAGAGGAUGGCUACAUCCAGAUAAUGUUAUUACACGGAGUAGUGUCUGUUAUGAAGUUCGGGUAAAUUUUUUUUGAAUAAUUUGUUUUUGUUUAUACUGUUAAAUUUUAAAAAUAAUUGAAUAAUCAAAUUUCAGUAUAUCGGAUGUUUAGAAGUACUUACAUCUAUGAAAAGUUUGGACUUUGAUACUCGAUUUUUAGUUGCCAAGUAAGUUUAACAUUUUUUUCAUUGCUGAUAUUGUUAAAUAGUUACUUUAAAUAAAUUUGUAAUAAUUUUCUUUAGAGAAUGCAUAAAUAAAGUUUGUGAAGCAGCUGGACUUAAAACUGCUGACAAAAAACGAAAAGUAAACUAAAUUAUUAAAAAUAUGUGUAAAUUAUUUGUAAUUUUAAAAUAUUACCAAAAGAAUAACAUACAAAGAUAUAUCUUUUAAUGUUUUACCUUAAUAUAUUAAUAAUUGCAAAUCUUAAUAUUUUAUAGGUAGAUAAAAAAAUUGUAAGACUUAUAGGCGACCAUUCAAUUAUGGACCAUGCAGGUUCAAAUGUUACCUUGUCUAUAUCCAGCACAUGUUUAACAUUAAAACUAAGAGAUACCCAUGCAAUUAUUUCUACACAUGAUAUGCCUAGAAUAUCUUUUGCAUCUGGUGGCGACGUUGUAAGAUUAUUUAAAUUAUUUCAUAUUCAUAAAUCGUAAUAUGUAUAUCAGCACAUUUAAAUUGUGUCCAUAAUUAAUAUUUGAGUUGCAUAUGGUUGUCUCAUAACAGAGCCGAGUUGCUUCCUCGUAUGUAUUUAUUUCACUUCUCCUUUUUAUAGACUGAUGACUAUCAUUUAUAAAAAAAAAAGAAUAGUAUGGUUAAAAAUAUUAAGUAUAUUAUUUUAAAUUACUUAAAUUGUCUAUUUUUUUGAUCAUUAGGUUUUAGUCAUUAAAAACAAUUAUUAACCUCAUUGGGUUUUAAAAAUUAAAGAUCAAAAACUAAUUUUAAAAGUUUUUUCAAAUGUAUUUUUAAAAAUUGAAACAGGCCAACAUUUUAAAAAUUUAAUAUCAUCUGGUUAUUUCAAAAUUGAAAUAUAAAAAUAUUAGAGAUUAUUGUCAUAAUGUCAAUGUGAUUGAUUUUAAUAUCAUCAAAAUUAAUUUCUGGUAAAUGGUUAAAAAGUCUCAUUUAUAAAAAUUUGGAAAAAAGUUCAAAAAUGUUUUUUGAUGUCUGGACAAAAAUAAAUAAAUACAUUGUUCCAACUGUGAUUUUUUCUUCUUUAAUGUAUAUUGUAUUUAAAAAAAAUCCUAAUUAUAUUUUUUUAAAUAGUAAAAAAUUUAUAAAUCUUAAAAUAUCAAUAAAAAAUAAUAAAUCAUUUUUUUGUCUAAUAUUAUUUCAAAUUGUGAUUUUGUCUUUGUCUACGCUUAUAUAUGUAACAAGAAUUUAAUUUUGCAUUGCUAAACUUUGGUUAUAACAAAAUAAAACACAUCAAAUAUUAUGAUUUAUAAAAAUCCUAUAGUCAGUUAUGUAUUAAAUACCUAUAUUGUUGUAUACAUAUUAUGUUGAUAAAAUAUGUAAUCAUAAUGAAAAUUGCAUGCCUAUUCAAUUAAAAUUGAAAUUUAUAUUUUUUUGCCAUUCAAAACUAUUCUCUAUUUAUUUUUAAUCAUCAAACUGUAAUAUUCAUACACAGACUGGCUAUGACUAUAUAAAAGAAUAAGCAAAUACUUAAGAAUAAAUAAAACUAUUUGAUUUAUACCUGUACAUAACGACAAACCAUUGUUAAUGGAAAACGAUUCAAAGUGGUGCUCAAUACAGCAAUUUUUUAAAACAAAUUACAGCUAUUAGCCGUAUUUUUGCUUGCCAAUAUAAUUAAGUACAUUAAGAACACAAAUGAUACCAAAAAUUGUUUUUGUAACAAUAACUAGUGGAAACCUAUGCAAAUAUCUCGUACAAAUUUAGUAAGCAAAAUUGCUUAAAGAAUAUUUUUUUGAAAAGAUAAAAAUUGUAUUUUAUAGUCUUUUUGUCGAACCUUCAAACAUAUACCUGGACCUUUUGUUCAAAUUAUUAUAAAUCGCAUUUUUUAACCAAGAAUCUUAAUUUUCUAUUAUAUAGUAUUAGGUGGAAUUUACAGAUAAAGUUUUCGAUUAUCAUUAAAACCAAGCUAAGGCCCAAUUAUUUAUGAGUAUGUCGCCGAACAAAUAAAUUGAUAAAUUAUUAAUGCACACAUGUGUGAGAAAACUAUGAAUACAAUUAGGCUAUUGCUACACUAUUUAUAUACAUAUAACAUCUAUAUAAUUAAAAAUUAUUUCAGGAUACGAUUGAUUUUGUUGCAUUUGUAGCAAAAGACAUAAAAGACUGGAGAGCAUGUUAUGUUUUAGAAUGUGGAGAAGGUGAACUAGCACAAGAUGUUAUAACAACUAUUGGCCAAGCAUUUGAUUUGCGUUUUAAACAGUUUUUAACAAAACCUUCACCAGUUUUAAGCACGAGUACACGAGACGAACGAGAAUAUUAUAAUGACUUACCAGGAAAGUCUCCUCCAGAAUCUGGCCCUCCACCUGUCCCACCUCUUCCAUCAUAUCAUGAUCAUCGUAAUAGAGGUAAAAUUUGUAUAAAUACAUUUUUAUUUUUAUAUAAUAAUUAUAUUCAACUAUAAUUUUAGAGAGACUAGUUUCAAAUAACUUAAUAGAUUUAAAUUGUGAAGCACCUCCACCACCUGCACCCCAUCCUGCUCAUAAUUAUGUUAACGAUUUUGUAGUUGGAAAUAAAAACCACAAUUCGCAACCACGUGAUGUAUUUGAUAUGCGUAUGUCAAUAUAAAUUAAUAAUUAUAUAUAUAAUAUAUGAGGUAAUUAAUACAGUUUUUUUUUUUCAAUCAAUUUAAAUACCAGUAGAACCUUUUGUUGAUCAUGAAUCUACACCUAUAAUAGCUUCAAGAUUACAAGAUGAAAUUUGGUUUCAUGGUAGUAUCACAAGACAACAUGCUGAAGCGUUACUAAAACAGGUAAGUUAUAUUAAUCUGAAAAAUAAAAAAUGAGGCUAUUAAAUAAUAUUUUUAAUGUUUCUAUUUAUGAAGUAGAAUAUUAAAAUCGCCCGUACAAAUUAACAUAUGUCUAAACUUUUUUUUGAGUUAAGAUGAACUAUUUAGACUGUAAUGUAAUAAUAUAAUAUCUAGAGAAAAAUCUAUUCCCAUUGAUAUGAAUAUAAUAUUUAUAUUUAAUAUAAACACAGUACUAAGAAAAAAUUCAUUGAUUUACAUUUUCUUAUACAAUGUGCUCUUAGUGUGCAACCAAUAUUCAUCAAACAUCAAAUGUGAUUGUCAGCAACUACCACUGAAUAAAACAAUAAAAUCCAUUUAUUCUAUUUCUUGUAACUUGUUCAUACAUAUUUAUUAUGAAUAUUUUUGUUUAUUUAGGAUGGUGAUUUUCUAGUUAGAGAAUCUCAAGGAUCUCCUGGACAGUAUGUGUUAACUGGUCUUCAAGGAGAUGUCAAGAAACAUUUACUUUUAAUUGAUCCAGAAGGUGCAGUUAGAACUAAAGACCGCAUGUUUGAAAGUGUUAGUCAUUUGGUUAAUUAUCAUAGUGAAAACAUGUUGCCUAUUAUGUCGGCAGAAAGUGCUCUCAUUUUAAAAAAUCCAGUACCACGAACCCGAUUUUAAAUUAUUCUAACUAUUUUCAUUAUCAAAUGAUAAUAAAUAUGAAUGUUUAAAUACUAAGGUAUAUUAUAUCAUAUUUAUAUCUGAAAUCCCUAUGUUUUUAACAUAUAUUUUAAUAACUAUUUUCGUGCAGUAAAAUUCUUACCAAUAGGAUACUAUUCAGCAUUUUGCAUUAUCCAGUAAAUGUAUUGUAGUACCUUGUAAUUUAUUUGUAGAUAAAUGCCUGGUAUGUUUAUGUUUCUACUGUUGACAUUUUGGGUGAAAUUAAAUAUAAUUUUAUAAUUAUUAAUCAAACUAGAAAGAAAAAGUGGCCCUACGCUAGUUAUUUUAAUUUUUCAAGAGUGAUGAAUAAUAAAAUAAUUGUGAGUUUUUUAUGGAUACCUAUUACUUUUUUAAAUUAUUGUUCGAUGUUUUUUAAAAUAAUUUAUAUACUUUCAUGAAUAAAAUAUAGUCAAUGAGUAACUCACUAAUUCAUAUAAUCUAUAUAGAAGUGUGAAAUAAACUAAAAUAUAGGCACUAAAAAAAAAGAUAAAAACAAAUACAAUAUAUUCAAAUAUAUUAUUAGACUUAAAAGUCAACAUAUAUUUACAUAAUUAUAGUGGUUUUUAUUUGUAGAAAAAAAAUGCUCUUUAUAUACAUUUAUAAAUAUAUAUUGUAAUGGGGCUCAUUUAAAAAUAUACCUGAUGGUAGAAUAUUAAUUUUGAUAACAAUUAUGAAAUAUUUUAUUUUUUCUUUGUAUGACUUACUAUAUCCAUUCUAAUUUUAAUUUGAUUAUAUUUUUAUUUUAUAUUAUAUAUAAUAGUAUAAUUUUGUUUUGUUACCAAUUAAAUAUAAUUAAAUUGAUAUUUAUUUGAUUAUUCCCCCCUUAUAUUCAACAUUUAGUAACAUGCAACUAACUUUAUUAUUUAAAAAAUGUAAUUAUACUUAAUAUCCAAAAAUAAAUAAGUCAACAGACUUGAUUGCAAAAAGUUGCACUAUGAAGUCUAAUAUCAAACUUGGAAAGUACCUAUAUGUAUAAUACAAUUAGAAACAACUUAUCUGAUUUAAGUAGUAAAAAAAAAGUUAAUUUCAUAAAGAUAAAAUAAACUUUUGUCUACUAAUUCUCAAUAUGCAAUAUCCAUUUCACACAUUUUUCAGUUUUUUGUCUUUUUGUCCCAAUAAACUUAACAUUUUUAAUUUUCCCGAGCAUAAUAUAUUUUUUGUUUUUUUUUUUUAUUAUUAAAUAUGUUAAAAAAAAAUUAAUCCUUAUUCAUUCUUUACUCAAUAAUUAAUCAUAAUUUAGAUAGGUUUGUUGUAAUAAAUUAGAAACCUUAAACUAAUACUAAUACUGAAUUACUCAACAUCAGUAUACAAAUAGUAAUUACUAUAAUAUUAAAAUACUAGAAGUAUUUCAAAAAGCUUACAAUAACAAUUUUCAAAAACACAAUUACUUUAAUUAUAAAUAACGAUAAUUGUAGUAUCUAUGUGUACUAAUUUUCUAAAUAUUUGUUAUAUUUAUUAAAGAAAUUAUGGCUAUUAACUAAGAGGAAUUGAUACUCGCAUUUACUGUCUCAGUCUAACAAAUGGCUAACAUGGCAAAAUUGCAUAACUUAGAAUUAAAUUUGUGACAAUUGGGUUGAAACAAUAAUUUCAAUACAAAUAACAAAAUUUAAAACGAAAAUAUUUUAAAAUGCCCCACAUUGCUUUUUUUUUGUCAAACAAGCGAGUUUCAGCAAUGUUAGUUUUUGUAUAAUACCCAAAGUUUAUUUGUUUGGUGAUAUGAAAAAAAAGCAAUAUUGUUAGGAAAAGAUAAUAAAUACGGGUAUCACAACCAAAAAAAAUGAGCUGUGUUUUCUAUAUGAAAAUGUAUUAAAUUAUAAUAUUCACCAUAAUUAAUUAUACAACUAUUUACUGUU